AUGCCAGAGCUAGCCUCCAAAGGCGCCACCAUUUCCAAAAAGGGCUUCAAGAAGGCUGUGAGUAAAGCGCAGAAGAAGGAAGGGAGGAAGCGCAAGCGCAGCCGCAAGGAGAGCUACUCCAUCUACAUCUACAAGGUGCUGAAGCAGGUGCACCCCGACACGGGCAUCUCGUCCAAGGCCAUGGGCAUCAUGAACUCGUUCGUGAACGACAUCUUCGAGCGCAUCGCGGGCGAGGCGUCGCGCCUGGCGCACUACAACAAGCGCUCGACCAUCACGUCGCGGGAGAUCCAGACGGCCGUGCGCCUGCUGCUGCCCGGGGAGCUGGCCAAGCACGCCGUGUCCGAGGGCACCAAGGCCGUCACCAAGUACACCAGCUCCAAGUAGACGCCGCGUGCCUGCUGCUGCC